AAAAAUAACACGUUCAGUGCUGACUAUAUGAGAGAUAGUCUUCAAAGCCCUUAUUGACUCAUUUAAUGUAUUAACUCAUUUAGUCCCCACAAAAAUUCUAUCAAGUAGAUAGGACUACUAGCCCAUCUUCUUUUGAGGUUGUGAAAAUCAACAAAAGGAAUCCUUUCGAAUGGACUCAGGAAGCCAGCAGAGGGAGCCCUGGCCAUACUACUCUCCAUUGCAUUCACAGCGGGCCCAACAGAAAGCUACAGUAUCUUCCACAAUGUUCCUAUUGCAAGGUGCCCAGAUGCUGCAGACACUGGAGAAAUCCCUGAGGAAGAGCCUUCCUGAAUCUUUAAAGGUUUAUGGGACUGUCUUCCACAUGAACCAGGGAAAUCCAUUCAAGCUGAAGGCCUUAGUGGACAAGUGGCCUGACUUUACAACAGUGGUUAUCCGCCCUCAGGAGAAGGAGAUGAUAGAUGAUUUUGAUCACUACACCAAUACUUACCAAAUCUACUCCAAGGACCUCAAGAAUUGUGAGGAAUUUCUUGGCUCACCAGAAGUCAUCAACUGGAAACAGCAUUUGCAGAUCCAAAGUACCCAGCCCAGUCUGAAUGAGGUGAUACAGAAUGUUGCAACCACUAAAUCCAUCCAAGUCAAGCAGACACGGUGCUUUCUCUAUAUGAUGGCGAAUGAGGUGAAGAAACUGGUUCCUUCCCUGCUGGACGUAAAGCAGUUAUCCCCCAGUGGCGGCAAACCCAAGGCCAUCAACCAAGAGAUGUUUAAACUCUCCUCCCUGGACGUUACCCAUGCUCCCUUGGUGAAUAAAUUCUGGUAUUUCGGCGGCAAUGAGAGGAGCCAGAGGUUCAUCGAGCGCUGCAUCCGGACCUUCCCCACCUUCUGCCUGCUGGGGCCUGAGGGGACCCCUGUGUCCUGGGACCUGAUGGACCAGACAGGGGAGAUACGGAUGGCGGGGACCGUGCCUGAGUACCGGAAGCAGGGCCUUAUCUCUCACAUCAUCUAUUACCAGACCCAGGCUCUACACAAACUCGGCUUCCCCCUGUAUUCACACACAGACAAGAAUAACAAAAUUAUGCAGCAGAUGUCUUAUAAUCUGCACUACAUCCGCCUGCCCUGUGACUGGAACCAGUGGCACUGCAUGCCUCUGUGAGGCAGCCCUGCACGGAAGACCAUGUCAGAUGGGCCUGGGCCUGGGCCUGGGGGGACAGAGGGAGAGAAGAUGCUGUUUCGUCUUCUGCCACUGCUAAAGAAAUGGCACUAUUUGGGCUCGGGGGAAGCAGCACGAUUGGUCAGCAAGGCCACCCUCAUCCCUGCACACACAUCACAGAUGGGCUUCUAUAGAUUUGUCCGUAUGAAGCAGGCCCAGGUAUUCCUGCAGUGGCCCCCACAUAAGUGAGCCCUCCCACACUUCUAGGAUCUUGGUGACAUUGCUUCAUGAGCUGCAUGUUGCCUCAGAUAGCUUCUCCUGGGCUUCUUACAACAUGGAUUAGUAGAGCCUUCACAAAUUUUCCAGGGAGGGAUAAUAUUCUCUGGGCAUUAUGAAUGAUUUCUGUUCCUUCCUGUGGCUGUUUCCUUAGUGAUCAGCAAGUGUGUUCUGCUCAUUAGGUUUGCAGAGAUCAUCUUUUCCUCUGAUUGCUACUUUGGAAGUACAUUAAAUAUAUACAAAUACAUACAGAUGUUAGGUUAAACAUAAUACACAUGAAAUAGCAGGGAGAGUUAAUAAGAAAGAGACAUAGGUUAGCCUGUCCUCUCCCCACUCCUGCACUUUCCUAAACCCAUCUGAACCCCCAAACAAUAAAGAGAUUUUGUGUUUCACUGUGUAA